GUCCGUGUAUUGAUUGAGGCUUGAUCACGUUAUUGCAGCAUAUUUAAAGCUCUUCACUGUUCCACCGCUCUGCAUCAUCUCCUUUCGUCCUGGAGACUCAACCUCUUUAUUCUCUCUCUCUAUUCGCUGCUGUUCUUCUUCAGCUGCAACUGCUAGGUCUCAAUAAAGCUUGUAAAAAGAGAGAGAACACCUGUUUUAUUCAGCACCGAUGGCAGGGUUAAAUUUUGAAGCCACAUAUACUGACAACCAUGAUAUUCUGAAGAUAUUUGCAGAUGAGGGUGUUGAGUUCCUUUUAUCUAGUGAAGGGAAGGUACCCGUGUCAGAAUGCUAUGGGAAAAUCAUCUGCCUAUUUUUCUCUGCAAACUGGUGCAGGCCAUGCAGAGCUUUCACUCCCCAUCUUGUUGAACUUUAUGAAACACUGAGAAAGAGGGGGGAAAAUCUAGAGAUCAUCUUCAUCUCCUUUGACCGUGAAGAGGAUGGAUUUACUGAACACUUCAAGCGCAUGCCAUGGCUAGCUGUCCCAUUUGAUGUAAAUUUGCACAGAAAAUUUAUUGACAGAUACCGAGUCGAUCGAAUCCCAUCAUUCGUACCAUUAUGCUCAGAUGCCAUAACUGUUGAAGAAGACUUGAUUGGAUGCAUUGAGGAUUAUGGUGCUGAUGCAUUUCCGUUCACAAGGAAGAGACAUGAUGAAUUGAAAGCUAUAGAUCAAAGGAAACGCGAGGAAGCAAGCUUGGAAGAGUUAUUGGGAAACGAAGGACGCAACUUUCUCAUAUCUGGAGAUGAUACAAAGGUACCCAUAUCUGAACUAACUGGUAAAACCAUAGGCCUAUAUUUUGGUGCAUAUUGGUCUCCACCUUGUUGUGCCUUCACUAUCCAACUUACAGAUACAUACAACAACCUCAAGGCUGCAAAAGGUGACUGCUUCGAGAUCGUUUUGAUCUCAACAGAUAGGGACCUUAUGGAAUUCAAUGUCAACAGAAGUAGUAUGCCAUGGCUUGCUGUCCCAUAUGAGGACAGGACAAGGCAUGACCUUAGAAGAAUCUUUGGUAUAAAGGGCAUUCCUGCUUUGGUUUUCAUUGGAAUAGAUGGCAAAGUCAUUAGUGUAAAUGGGAAGUUUAUGGUCUCCUCAUAUGGUGCAGAAGCUUUCCCAUUUACUGAAUCAAGGAUAAGAGAACUUGAAGCAGCUCUGAGAAAGGAGGGAGAGGCUUUGCCUCAACAGGUUGAGGAUGUGAAGCAUGAACAUGUGCUGAAAUUGGAUAUGGCCAAAGCAUAUGUAUGUGAUUCCUGUAAAAAGCAAGGGAAAUUCUGGACAUUCUCUUGUGAUGUCUGUGACUAUGACCUUCACCCAAGUUGUCUAGAAAAGGUCAACGAGGACUUAAGUUGAUAGGGAAUAGUAACACUCAAGUUUGUAACCUGUUAUAUUUUCUUGGUGAUGGAAUUAAAUUAAAGUUGUAAUACCUAGGAAACUUCAACACUAUAUACAUAUAUUUUAUUUCCUAUUGGUAUGUUGCUAAAACCUGCCAUUUGAAAUUAAGAGUGAUUUAAAUCAGGGGAGUUUUGUAAGGGAAUAGUCUGUGAAUAGAAUUACCGUGUGUUAAGAAAGUGUAGGCACACAUUUUUAUUCCUA